AUGAAAGAUUCAGAGGGAUUUGCAUGGGACUUAUCAGUACUAUGACCAAUCAUAGUUGUACACCAAAUAUUCGAAGAUGUUUUACAGAUGAAAUGAAGUAUGUUUUUUAUGCCAUGGAACCAAUUGCUAGUGGAACUCAGCUUUUAGAUUCAUACAAUAAGUACUUUUUUGAGUCUCCAUUGAUCCAUAGAAGAAAAAAAAAUUCAAAUUUUGUGUGUCAUUGCAUUGCUUGUAAGAAAGAUUGGCCUCUCUUUAUCUUACCAGAGUUAAAUGAUGUAUUUUUGGAUGAGCUAAUGAAAUCGAAGCCAAAAAAGUAUUCCAAAGAGUUGUUUUCUAUAAUGGAAAUUACUCCAUUGAAAGAAAAGAUUUUUAAUGACAUAUAUUCAAUUGAUAAAAAAUUAAUACAAACUGUUACUGGCAUGAUGAAUGAAAUAGUUGAUGUACUACCACAACCUAGUAUAGCUAGAUGUAUGUUAUUCCAAAUGCUUAUUAAGAUUUUUGAUAAGUUUUAUGGUUUUAUUCCGCCCUUUGAAAACUUGUGUUCAUCAAAAAAUAAUUUCUCAUAGA